GUUGGGGGAAGCCACACAAGAGGACUAUAAAGCACUUAUUUGUAAACCAAAUCAGUUGUUGCUGUUACUUCAUGCAAGUGGUAAUGAAGCCUUUAUCUUUCAAACCUAGUCCUUUUCUAGCUUUUGUAUUUUGUUGCAAUGCGUUGUUGUGGGUCACAAUCAUGUCGGAGGGUCCUCUGUUUGUCAACGUGAACAAAUGGAUCUUGGAGAAUGAGAAUGAGUUUCUCCCACCAGUAUGCAACAAACUAAUGCACGAACAGCAGCUGAAAGUCAUGUUCGUUGGAGGACCCAACACAAGAAAAGACUAUCACAUCGAGGAAGGAGAAGAGUUCUUCUACCAGCUGAAAGGAGAUAUGUGUCUGAAGGUAGUUGAAAAUGGAAAACACAAGGAUGUGCACAUCAAAGAAGGAGAGAUGUUCCUGCUGCCGGCCCGCAUCCCCCAUUCUCCCCAGAGAGAAGCCAACACUGUAGGACUGGUGGUGGAGAGGAUGCGGCUACCCACUGAGACGGACUGCCUGAGGUACUAUGUUGACAAUUCCACAGACAUUCUGUUUGAGAGGUGGUUCUUCUGUCAGAACCUAGGAACGCAACUGGUGCCUAUCAUAAAGGAGUUCUUUGCCUCGAAUCAGCAAAUAACAGGAAAACCCGAUCCAAACGAAAUCUUCCGGCAGCCUCCGUUCCCCAUGAACACCAUGAACGUGAUGUCCCCAUUCUGCUUCAAGGACUGGCUUGAUAAACAGAGGGGCCCCCUGGCCGCCAGGGGCCACAUAGACAUGUUCGGAGCGCAGUUCGAGACUGAGGUGAUUCUGUAUGGAGCCGGGCAGACAGAACUGUGUACGGAACAAAAUGAUGCUUGGAUUUGGCAGCAGGAGGGCUCGUCAACAGUAACUAUAGACGAUCAGGAAUUUUCUCUUUUUUCUGGAGACAGUUUACUUAUUCUGGCGCAGAGCCAGUAUCAAUGGCUGAGGGAAAAUGGUACUGUGGCCUUGUUCGUGGUUCAGAACCCAGAGAGGAAAAUACAUUGAUCAGAUGCUCUUCUUUCACAAACACACACUCAAGAACACAUAUCCAAGUCUAUACGUUAUGGUCCAAUCAUUUCACUGCUUGACUUUUAGGAUGGAUUCCAGUGCCUUGAACUGCGGUAUAUUCUGCCUUAACUAUUCAACUUCUGUACCCAGUUGAAGAGCAAACUCUAUGAAGCAUUAUUAAAAGUUAAUUAUACACUUCUUUAGAAGUGUUAGUACUCCAAGAGGAAUUGCAAUUGAUUUGUAUUACUUAAUUUGUAGCCUUCCAACUUUGUUCUCAUUGUCAUUAUAUAAAGGGUUAGUUAUAAUUAGGUUCGGUAUAAUCAAAUUGGUUACAACAGAAAAGACACCUACUUCCCUUUCUAGUAGAGGUCCCUCUAUUUUAUUUUCAUCACAUCCACUUAAGUUUGUAUAUAAAGUUUUAAUCUUGAAAUAUAGCUGUGAGCAGCAAUGUGGGUGUCAAGCAUAAUGGGACUCGAUAAACUAAUUCUGCCGGGCAGACGUAAUCGGCUAGGCGGCUACAUGACGACCGUAUAGGUAAUCGGUAACGUCGACCGCUGGUGGAAUGAACUACAUUCAACGAAUUGAACAUGAAUAUUUAAAUACUGGAGUCUUUGUUUAUUGUUUAUUGUUUAUUGUUUAUUAUGGAUCCCCAUUAGUUGUCGCAGAAGCGGCAGACUAGUCUUCCUGGGGUCCAAUUAAAAUCUGAACAUACAAACAAUUAAUCAUCACUCAAAUACAGUAAAAGUAGUGACAAAACUACAAAUACAUAGUCAAACAAACAAAUAAAUGGGCAUCUGGGCGCCUCAGAGCGCAAACACCUUCAUCAAAAUAUAAUUCAUUGAGCGCCAAGCCAAGUCAGAGUCCGGAGUUCAUAUUUAACAUAAAUAAAAAUAGGAUUUAAUUUGC